CUCAAUUUCCCGUGAACACUAGCGCAUUGUUUAGUCACAUGACUCAAUAAUCACGUGUCUCCUCCAUCAUGGCUCCCGCUGUCACCGCGGAGGAUUUCUCCAACUUACAACUUCUUCUAAAGGCGCCGUCUAAAGACGCAGUGAGAGAAGUGUGUGUGCAUAGUCACCGAGGUCCAAGUCGACUCCUCACUGAAAACACAGCAGCCAAAUUCAGUAUCUCCUCCUCCCAGGCCGCUCAGUUGGUUGAGUCUCUGCACGCUCUCUCCCGUCACGUCGUCUUCCAUAAUCUCACGUCUCCAGAGCAGAUCUUGGCCGUUUUUCCUGAAUCAUUUCACUCAAGCCUCAAAAACCUCCUCACCAAAAUCAUACUGGAAAACAGUUCAACCUGGAGAACAGAAGCUCUCAGUACUCAGAUUUCACCGCCGCAGUUGAAGGAGAUGGACUGGAGAGUGGACCUGGUGACCAGCUCAGAGUCGGUCAGUCGAAUGGCCGUCCCCACCUGCCUCCUGCAGCUCAAGAUGGAGGACUCAUGUUGCCAUGGUGAUGAGGCGGUCUCCACAGUGACAGUGGAGCUCAGUCGAGAGUCUCUGGAGACGAUGUUGGACGGGCUCGGGCGAAUCCGGGACCAGCUGUCUGCGGUCGCCGGGAAAUAAGGACAAUUCGCUCAAUUUUGGACAUAUAAGGAGCUUUUCCUGUUGGACUGAUUUCAUGUUACUUUUCCAAUAUUUGUAUGGAAAAAGGACCAAACAAUUAGCAAAUCUGAUGUGAUAGGUAAAGAACAAGUACAAACACAAGCAACAUGGAAGUCUAACUGUGGUGUUACAUUUUUAUGCUUUCAUUACACACACAUUACACACCUGGUGGUAGUGUACUUCUGUAGCCACAGCUGCCCUGGAGUGAUUGCACCUAGAAAUUGUUUUGGGUUGAUGGAGGAGGCUCUUCUUUUAAAUGUUAAUGUUUACAGUUUCUCUGUGAACUGAAUAAAAACAAAAAAUAUAAGCACCAUAUAUAAA